CGACUCUUGACUGAAUCUUGGUUGGAGUUCAUCUUCUUUUUUAAAAUUAUGUGACUGGAUUUUGUGGGUUCCACACUCCCUCCAUGACCAUGAGCAAAGCUCAGCAUCAACAAUAACAGUCAAAACCGAAGAAUUUGCUCUUUUGGGUUGCGGGGGAAUAUGACUACUACAGGAACAAGCACAUUUGUCAUCAGAUGGGUUAAUUUCUUCUCAAUGCUAGUAGCUGUGGUGGUCAUAGGAUAUGGGGUGUGGAUGAGCAGUCAUCACGACGGAUGUCACAAGUCCCUCACGCUGCCGGUUAUGGGCCUUGGCUCGAUAAUCUUUCUAAUAUCAGUCAUCGGGUUUCUCGGGGCACUAAAGAACAACUCUAUACUGUUAUGGAUGUAUUUGAUCAUGCUAUGCUUGGUUUUGAUGGGGAUUCUUGUAUUUACAGUCUUGGUGUUUAUUGUAACAAAUAAUGCUUCUGGCCACGAUGUUGCAGGUUUGAGAUACAAGGAGUAUCAGCUCCAGGAUUAUGGCUCUUGGUUUAUAAAAAAAUUAAACAACACCCGUAACUGGAAACACCUUCAAAGUUGUUUUGUGAAAACCGAGGUUUGCAAUAGCCUGCCAAAAAGAUACAGAACUCUCAAACAAUACAAAUUGGCAGAAUUAAGUCCCAUUGAAGCUGGUUGUUGCAGACCACCCUCUGAGUGUGGUUAUCCUGCUGUUAAUGCAUCUUACUAUGAUUUGAGCUUUCAUCCAGUGAGCUCUAACAAGGACUGCAAACUUUACAAGAACUCGAAAUUGAUCAAGUGCUAUAACUGUGAUUCGUGCAAAGCUGGAGUGGCACAACACAUAAAAACCGAAUGGCGUGUGGUUGCUAUCUUUAACGUGAUUUUGUUUGUGAUCUUGUCGAUGGUCUAUUUCGUGGGAUGCUGUGCAAGACGAAAUGCUGCCAGGAUGCACUCAAAAGUUUGAAAGAUCACUAAAUUGUUCUUUCAAGUUUUAAAGUGUCUUGUUGUUUAUUUUCAUUAGAUUCCUUUAUUGUAGCUAGGAUAUUAAGUGUAGGGCAUGGGCGGAACUGAUAUAGAAAAAUGAAUGGGUUGUUUAACGGGUCAACAUCAUGUCA